AUGAGGUUCCACUUCCUGCUGUCGGCGCUGCUCGCUUUGACUGUGACUACAAGCGCGGAUGACGAGCUACAAGUUAGGCGACUGCGGACUGCUGUGACUAAUCACCAAGAGGGCGAUGUGGCUGGACGCAGCAGCAACUCCCGUCUCAUGCCAGGUGGGGCAGGUGCGGCGUGGUCGCUUUCGCGGUCGCGCAGGCGAUCCGGCGGUCGCAUCAUCAACGGCGCCGACGCCACGGACGGGCAGUUCCCGUGGCAGGCGGCCAUCCGGCUGGACCGCUUCGGCUUCUGCGGCGGAUCUCUCAUCUCGGACAGCGCCGUCCUCACAGCGGCGCACUGCGUCGACGGGGUGACAACAUUCGUGGUGACGCUGGGCACAGUGCUGGUGACGGGAGACGCCAAAGACGUGACGGUGACGACGACGAGCGCCGCGUGGCACCCGGACUAUUGGACCGACGAGAAGACGGCCGACAACGACAUCGGCGUCGUGCUCCUGGGACAGUCCGUCUCCUUCACAGAUUCAUCGACAGUAAGUACAACACUGAAAUAUGUCGACAUGGUCGUCAUAUCCAACAGCGAGUGUUCUGAAUUAUAUCCUGGCGCUAUCGAUGAUGACGUCAUUUGUGCUCUCGGCAAUCCUGAUGGCAGUCCCUGCAGUGGCGACAGUGGUGGCGCGCUGGUGUACAAGGCGUCCGAUGGCGUCUGGACGCAAGUGGGCAUCGUGUCCUUCGGCUCGGACACGGGCUGUGAGAACAGCUACCCAGAGGUCUUCACCAAGGUCUCUCACUACCUCGACUGGAUCUCCGAGAACGCCGGCGUCACCGUCUCCUAG